GGAGGUCUGAUGAUGGGGUGCACUGCUUCAGUGAUGUUAUAGACUCUCCCACCCCUGGCUUUCCAUGUGCUCUCGCUCCUGCUGUCCCCGACAAGACCGUGGACUUGUUUGAGAUGAUUGAAAAAAUGCAGGGGAGCCGUCUGGACAAACAAAGAUGUUCCCUUCCAGCUCCUCUCAAGACAGAAGAGGAGUAUAUUCCCUACCCCAGCAUCCACGAGGUAUUACAGAAGGGGUGGCCGUAUCCUCUCAUUAUUUUACCCCAGUUUGGGGGCUACUGGAUUGAAGGGACCAGCCACAACCUCUCCAGCUUGAGUCCAACUCUGUCUGACGUACCCUUUGCCUGGAGUGGUAAAGUGAAACUGGAGAGUGACCCCACAGCCAAACUGUACCGCAAACACUUUCUGGGGAAGGAGCACCAGAACUUUUACUCCAAUGACAUGUCCUUGGGCUACCUGGUACUUUCUGUGAAGUAUGAACAGAUCGAGAAACAGGAAAAUCUACGCCUGUUGCUGAGGACAAGGACUGGCACCAAACAUGACCUGAUCCCCAUUUCGUGUCUGAAUGAGUUUCCCAAUGCUGUCCAGAUGGCAAAGCUACUUUGUGAGGAUGUGAAUGUCGAACGCUUCUUUCCUGUCCUCUACCCCAAGGCUUCGCAGCUUAUUGUUGCAUUUGAUGAACAUGUCAUAAGCAAUAACUUCAAAUUUGGGGUCAUCUACCAGAAACCUGGGCAGACAACCGAAGAAGAAGUCUUCAGUAACACAGAGGAGAGUCUGGGUUUCCUGGAGUUUCUGGAUUUCCUUGGUGACAAGAUCCAGCUGCAGGAUUUCCGUGGGUUCCGGGGAGGCUUGGAUGUCACUAGAGGUCAAACGGGCACUGAGUCGGUCUACACAAAUUUCCGGGGCAAGGAGAUCAUGUUUCAUGUGUCUACAAAGCUGCCCUUCACAGAGGGAGAUUCCCAGCAGCUUCAGCGGAAGCGUCACAUUGGGAAUGACAUUGUAGCCAUCAUCUUCCAGGAUGAGAGCACGCCUUUUGUCCCCGAUAUGAUUGCUUCUAAUUUCCUACACGCCUACGUGGUCGUUCAGCUCACUCAUGGCACCGCUGGGGACACUCUCUACAAG